UAGUCACUCAACGUGCUGUGCAUAUGAUUAAUCCAAAUACAAAAUUCAUCAAAAUAAGUUUAUUUCUCUCCAGUUUCAAUCUUCGAAUAAUAAUUUAAAAAGAGAAAAUUUAACAUGAAAUGUAAACUUUUGUAGUUUAGAAUUAAUAUUUAAUAAGUAAUUUAAUAGUGUAAAAAUUUAUUUAAACCAAAAAAUAAGAUGUACAUAACUUACGUGGCAAUUUGUUUGCUAGCCUUAUCUGCAUUAACAUUAGGGAGUGAAUUGGAUCACGAUGGAUGGUUACAAAUGAGACUUUUGCAUUCCUUUGAAGAUUCGUCGGUACCUAAUUUUAUAGAUAGAGGAAAUAUUUCCAUAUCCAGUGUACGUCAUGGAUCAGCAAAUGUUGUUCAGAUUGGCCUCCAGGAUUCACAUGUUGCACAAUUGAAAAAACUCGCUCAGAAUGGUGAAAAAUAUCGUCUCAAAACGAUCGUUCGUUCUUCCUCCGGAAGCGAAACAACAUUCCUCACUUCUGUACUUGCGUGCAAUUUAUUGGGUAUGGAUUUAGAAGAUGUAUUGCACGUAUGGCUCGACAGUGCAGCGGAACCAGUGGCCGUUAAUUUAGUGUCACGUGGACCUUGCGUUACUGAAGGGCCCUCGACUAAAAUGUGGACUACAAAUGUACAAAUUAAAUAUCCAGACGGGGGUCCAAUUCCUGACACUGCGACUUAUAUUCAUAAAUUGGAAAAAGAACGCGAAGCCCGAGAAAGAGGCGAAACCAAAGACAAUAGAUCAUUUUUAGCUAAAUAUUGGAUGUUCAUUGUUCCGGGAUUGAUCUUAUUCGUAUUGAUGUCGGCACAAAAUCCAGAAGGUGGUGCAGGCGGUGGUGGAAGCGGUCAACGAUAGUUAAAAUAUUGUAUAAAAAUGUGUUUAUUUUCGUUUUUCAGUGUUAAUUGAAAUUAAUAAAAAUUGCAUUUGUAUAAU